AUGGCUGCGCGGUCGCUCCUGCUGAUCCGCGGGGGGCGCGUGGUCAACGACGACUCCUCGCAGGAGGCCGACGUGCUGGUGGAGGACGGCGUGGUGCGGGCGGUGGGGCGCCACCUGCUGCCGCCCGGGGACGCGCCCGCCGGGCUGCGGGUCCUCGACGCCGCCGGCAAGCUGGUCCUGCCCGGCGGCAUCGACACGCACACACACAUGCAGUUCCCCUUCAUGGGCUCGCGCUCCGUGGACGACUUCCAUCUGGGCACCAAGGCUGCCCUGGCAGGAGGCACCACCAUGAUCAUUGAUUUUGCUAUUCCACACAAAGGCCACUCCCUCAUUGAGGCCUUUGACACCUGGCGAAGCUGGGCUGAUCCCAAAGUCUGCUGCGACUACAGCCUUCAUGUGGCCGUGACGUGGUGGAGUGACCAGGUUAAAGAAGAAAUGAAAAUCCUCACCCAGGAUAAAGGUGUGAACUCUUUCAAGAUGUUUAUGGCUUAUAAAGAUAUGUACAUGGUGAGGGAUGUGGAGCUAUACGAGGCCUUCUCUCGGUGCAAGGAGAUCGGAGCCAUUGCUCAAGUUCAUGCCGAAAAUGGAGACCUAAUUGCAGAGGGAGCAAAGAAGAUGUUGGCGUUGGGGAUAACGGGUCCCGAGGGCCAUGAGCUGUGCCGUCCAGAAGCGGUGGAGGCAGAAGCCACGCUGAGGGCCAUCACCAUAGCCAGCGCCGUGAACUGCCCUCUCUACAUCGUGCACGUGAUGAGCAAGUCCGCGGCAAAGGUGGUGGCGGAUGCCCGGAGAGAUGGGAAGGUGGUCUACGGAGAACCCAUCGCAGCAGGUCUCGGCACGGAUGGCACCCACCACUGGGAUAGAGAAUGGCUCCAUGCUGCCCACCAUGUUAUGGGUCCACCCCUGCGACCAGACCCUUCAACGCCUGACUUCCUCAUGAAUCUGUUGGCUAACGAUGACCUAACCACAACAGGGUCUGACAACUGUACUUUCAACAGCUGCCAGAAAGCUCUUGGGAAGGAUGAUUUUACCAAGAUUCCCAAUGGAGUGAAUGGUGUUGAGGACCGGAUGUCGAUAAUAUGGGAAAAAGGCGUGCACAGUGGCAAGAUGGAUGAAAACCGGUUUGUGGCAGUUACCAGCACAAAUGCAGCUAAAAUCUUUAACCUCUAUCCAAGAAAAGGAAGAAUAGCUGUGGGCUCAGAUGCUGACAUUGUGAUUUGGGACCCCAAAGCCACAAGGACCAUUUCGGCAAAAACUCAUCAUCAGGCUGUCAACUUCAACAUCUUCGAGGGCAUGGUUUGCCAUGGGGUGCCCCUGGUGACUAUUUCAAGAGGCAAAGUGGUAUAUGAAGCUGGAGUUUUCAGUGUCUCAGCAGGAGAUGGGAAGUUUAUUCCUCGUAAACCAUUUGCUGAAUAUAUUUACAAACGGAUCAAGCAGCGGGACCAGACUUGCACACCUACCCCCGUGAAGCGUGAACCCUAUAAAGGAGAAGUCGUCACACUGACAUCCAGAGGGACAAAAGAAGACUCCACACAUGGGACCAGGAAACAGGCCCAGCCCUGA